GAGAGAGAGGGAGGGAGGCAAGGAAAGGGAGACCCGGGAGGCUGUCGGAAGGGAGCGAGCCGCGUCUCUGUGUCCGUAUGACAGACAUUGACGAUUCCCAUGAGCGGCUCCAGAGGGACGCCCACUUCCUCUGCUCGGAUCGCAAGAUGGACACCGAACUGGUCGACAGACUGGUGCUGCAGCUGAACCGGAUCUACCCCCAGAUCCUGAGCGACAAGGAAGCCCGCAGGUUCAGGGACCUGAGAGUUCCCACCGAGGUGCGGUUAGCUCAGCUGUUGACGUUCCUGCGCGGGAGGGGCGAGGACGCGUGUUACGAAUUCUACAGAGGACUUCACAUCCUCGCCGAGAACGUCUACGCCGGCCUCCCGUCCAGAGCAACACGAAGAGAGGUGGCUGAUCCAAAGCGGACGACCGCCGCGGCGAUCCACCCGCAGAGCGACAGAGGGUCGAUGUUCUUCCUCAGCUGUUUCAGCUUCGUGGUCGGCGCCGCGAUGCUCUACUACUACGGAGAGGGGGAAACUUGUCCUUUUCUUCGAGGCUCUGCGGCGGGAUUCAGCAAAGGUGCAAAAUAUGUUUUCAUUUCCUACGCCGAGGUUGGAAGGCAGAGGACAUGAAGCCCCCCGGGAUGCCGACAUGCUUAAGAAGUGGCACCGCGAGUAGAGCGGGGGGGGGGGGGCACUCCUCGGUGGCCAAAUCUGUGUGCGCAGUGAUAACAAUCGUACGCACUUGUAAGCAAUGGCUGAUGAACUUUUCCUCUGAAAAAGAGAAAUGAAGGGAAUCUCUGCUCGCUCUGUUGACCGCACAGAACAAUAAUAAUCCCCACCAAGAUGCAGCGUGAUAUCAAGAGUGUAACUGCACACCCACACAGCUGUUUUCAAUCACUCUGCCUGAUGGUGGCCCUCAUGUUGGAGAAAUUAUUAACAAUAGUCAAAGUUGAGAAACAAUAUUAUUCUUGUUUAUUCGCUGUCUUUGUAAACUUUAAUAUUAAUUUGUGCUUGUUCUUGCAUAUUUAUUCUACCGGAAAGGGGGCGGGACUUGGCCUCCCAACGGCAAUGAUUAGCGAUUACAUCGCCCCGCCCUAUAAGCUACAACUAAACCAACCAAUGAGCCGGCAGGAUGUCAAUCAAGUGCAGUCUGCACACGCCCACAGGAAGUCUAAUUAUAAUACAUAAGUGAAAACACCAUGAACUUCAUACCUCAUACAUGCAACACGUAUUCCCCCCCAGCUCGCCCACCCCAGUGCCUUCUGAUGUGUGACUGUGGUAGAGAAACUGUUCCGAUAUUGCACUGUUGUACUUUGCUCAACUAAAGCCCAUUUUGACAUCACCUCGGGAUGUAUCUUAUAUUGUAAAUCUUGUACGACGAAGAAGUGUCACCGAUUUACACAGAUGUGUAUAGUUCCUUUGUAUCAAAUAAAUGAAAGAAAUCCACAUUGUG